CUCUACCUCGCUCAUUUGCUAGUAGCAGCGGUGAGAGGAGAGUGGCCGCUGCGCUGCAUUUGCCCUUCCCCCUUCUUGGCCUCCGAUCCCCGGGCUGGGUGCCCGUCUGUCUCCUCUACGGAGCCCGUGAAUCUUCUGCGAUCUCGUUACACGGCCUGUAGCUUUCCCCCUUUGUGGCCUGAAGGUUGAGGCCCGCUUCGGCGUCUAUUCCCUGGCUUGAGGGGCCUCCCAGGCCAGAUCCGGUACCGACUCUCCUGAUCUGUUCGCCAGGUUUCUCUCCUCAGUCCCGCCGCCCCUCGGGGGCCUCUGCCCGCCAUGAGCUACGGGCGCCCCCCGCCUGAUGUGGAGGGCAUGACUUCCCUGAAGGUAGAUAACCUGACCUACCGCACGUCUCCAGACACGUUAAGACGGGUCUUCGAGAAGUACGGGCGGGUGGGGGACGUCUACAUCCCCCGGGACCGCUACACCAAGGAGAGCCGCGGCUUUGCUUUCGUCCGUUUCCACGACAAGCGCGAUGCCGAGGAUGCGAUGGACGCCAUGGACGGCGCAGUGCUGGACGGCCGAGAGCUCCGCGUCCAGAUGGCCCGUUACGGGAGGCCCCCGGACUCCCAUCACAGCCGCCGGGGGCCGCCGCCGCGCCGGUACGGAGGUGGCGGCUACGGACGCCGCAGCCGCAGCCCCAGAAGACGCCGCCGCAGCCGAUCCAGGAGCAGGAGCCGCUCUAGGUCCCGCAGUCGAUCCCGCUACAGUCGGUCCAAGUCCAGAUCCCGCACACGCUCGCGAUCUCGCUCGACCUCUAAGUCUAGGUCUGCCAGGAGAUCCAAAUCCAAGUCGUCAUCCGUCUCCAGAUCCCGAUCCAGGUCGAGGUCCAGAUCCAGGUCUAGAAGUCCCCCACCAGUCUCAAAGAGGGAAUCUAAAUCCAGAUCCAGGUCUAAGAGCCCCCCCAAAUCUCCCGAAGAGGAAGGAGCUGUAUCCUCUUAGGAAAAUGGUAAUGUAGCUGGAAUGCUAUGCAAUUUGCAUGUUACUUCAUAAUAGCCCUUAAGUGGGGUGUAUCGGGGUAGUUCUUACCAUAUUAACAACCUGAAUCAAGUGACUCGUAAUGGGAGACACUGUUCGCUUUUUGAGCAGACUUUUCAGUUAUUUGGCUAGGGAAAUAAAUUUUUGCAGAGGACAUAUUUUUAUGUUUUGUUGAGAGAUUAAUGGUUUGGUUUUAAUGAAAUAUUGUAUGAGACGCAACCUAUUAAUGAAAAUGACUUUCUUGCUGUUUUUUAUCCAACAUCUGCAUUUUCCCCUUUAAAGCUGCGGUCUCCUGUUUGCUAAAAGAAUAUUGGCCAGUAUUGCAGAUUUUAACUGAUUUGGCUGAUCCUCCAGGGACCAGUUUCUGUGGGCGUGUAUUGGAGCAGGUUUGUCUUUAAAAGUUAAAGAUACACUAUCCUUUUGUAAUGGAACAUCAGUUCAGUGGUCAUUGUACUGACUGGAGGUAAAAUUAAGUUCUUAUAGAAGUGGCAAAUGCAAUGCAAUAAAAAAAUGGAAACUAGUUUUUCCUCAAACGAACUUUAGAGGCUUCUAAGGAUAUACUGGGUGGGGAAAGGAUAGUGUGUCUUUAACCCCUCAAACUGUUUGGUCCUGUUUUUAAAAUGGAAAUGGGCCUAAGAUAGCUGUAAGGUUAAAUAAUUGUAUGUUAAAAUUAAUGAUACUGUCUCAGAUUGUAUUGAAUGCCAGUUGGAAGAUAAAAUUAAGUCUAAGUAUUACAAAAAAUAUUAGUUUCUAUAACUUCUUAUAUGGGCUGAAUUCAAGUUAAGUGUACGAUUUACAGCCUGAUGCUUGCUCUUCACUAACUCAGUUUAAACUAAUGUGACUAUUAAAUGCUUCUUCGCUAUCAACUUUGAAUUUCAAAUUUGGCCUUUGAAUUAGAGGUAAUGUGGUGACAAAUGGGGGGAGGUGAAGCACUAUACAUAAUCCUUAAUAAAACUUAAUUAAAUUAGGCAAGGCCAGUUGAAUCACAACCAGAAGCAUACUUGAAGUCAUCCCCGUAAUUGGGAAGGUGCAUGGUGGAAAUGUGGCUGAACUGUUCUCUCUUCAAAUCUAGAUGCAUCAGAUAAAUGAGAAAUCUACAUAAAGGACGCCUCUGGGGGAAAAGAUCCUAUGAAUCUUCAGUCCAUUGGAGAGACCCCAGGCACAAGCAACCAGCUUUUGAAAAGGUUAUUUUGUAACAUUUUUGUCUAACUUUUUACUUGUUUAAGUUGAGCCUCAAAUGGCAGACUUUACAUUUUAUGUGCCAUUUUGUUGCUGUUAUUCAAAUUUCUUGUAAUUUAGUGAAGUGAACGACUACCGAUUUCAUUAUUGGCUUGGAUAUUUGAGGUAAAUUUUCAUUUUUGUUUAUAUAGUGCUGGCUUUUGUUUGACUUUAAAAAAAAAAAAACUGAUGGUAACUUAAUUUGUUGCCUCAAGUUUCAUGUUGCGGAAACAUGCAGCCAUUACAUGCCGAGUAGCUGACUGUCAAGGAAGUGUUCUCAAUUUGCCUUCAUUCCUUAAAUAAAAUUCUGCAAAACUUUUUCAGAUGUAAACUUCUUGUAAAUGCUAUUUGCUUUGAAUUUAAAUAGUAUCGUCUAUUCCACAUUUGUAUAAAACUUUUCAGGUGACAGUUGAUUUUGAAAGGAUUGUUUUAUCAGACUCAAUUCUAAUCUCUUCUCUUAUGUAUUUUUGUGCACUAGGCGCAGUUGUGUAGCAGUUGAGUAAUGCUGGUUAGCUGUUAAGGUGGCGUGUUGCAGUGCAGAGUGCUUGGCUGUUUCCUGUUUUCUCCUGAUUGCUCCUGUGUAACGAUGCCUUGUCGUGCAGAAACAAAUGGCUGUCCAGUUAAUUAAAAUGCCUGACAACUGCACUUCCAGUCACCCGGGCCUUGCAUAAAAAUAAUGGAGCAUACAGUGAGCACAUCUAGCUGAUGAUAUACACACCUUAUUUUUUCCAGAAUGGUAAAUCUUACCAUCUUCUUUUAUGAACUUGCAUAUAAGAAAUGUAAUGUUAAGAGCAAAUGUUUCAUUCCUUUGUAAGUACUGAUUGGUGUAUCUUUUGCUUAUGACAUUAUGUACUAUAACCACUGUCCCUGUAGUUAUUAAACAUUUUUCUUGGUGUUAACUUUUCUCAA